UUGCGGCGGCUCUGCAAUACCCCAAGCUCUGGAGGGCUGGGGGCCUACUAGGUCAGGUCGGCUGUAGGAUUCUGCUCCAGGGUCGGCGGCUGCUUCUUUCUGGCCUGGCUGCCACUGAGUAGCCGAGGGGCCGCCGUGACCCUCUGACUGAUUGACUGGCUGGUUGCCUACGUCGGCGCUCCUCAGGGCCCCAAGCUCCCCAGGCCGAACUUCGGGCAAGUGGCGGGUCGGCAGAGACAGAGCAGCCCCGGCAGGGUUUGACGGAGCAAGGGGGACGGAAUGAUAGAGGAGCAGAGCAGGGGUGCAGGCUUUGGGGUGGGCGCGCUAUCCCGCGGCCAGUCUGGGCAGCGAGUGGGGGGAACCCUGUCGUUCCUCGCUCCCCCGCGGGCCGGCCACUCCCGCCCAGUUCGCGUGUUGGCGCCUCGACUGGGUGCGCAGCGCGGGGCUGCGACUUCAGGUGCAAGUAGUGGCGCUUGGCAGCUGGCCACACGGUGACUGCAGCAUGAGCCGCGGCCACCAGCUCCAGGGAGCCCAGGGCAGGAGGCAGCUCUGGGUGUCGUGGCCGUGGCCCUGGGAAUGGGCGUGUAGACGGCGAGCCCCGCCGAGCCGCGGUCCUGUCGGAGGUGCUAACUGUGCAUCUUGAUAUCUGCCCACGGCCACAGGGUUGGAUUGCUCAAGAGUUGUGCUGAGACCCAGAAGGCUAGAGGCUAGUUUCGAAGCUGUAGCUCAGGCUGAGUCUCAAGGCGGGCGGCGACUGGACGGCCAGACCGGCGAGCUCUUGACGGGUUUGUGGCCUGAUUGUUUGGAUUUGAUGCUUUUCACCUGUGGAUGCGGUCUGAAGCCAUGUCAGAGGGGUUGUGUUUAAGCGUGCAUGUUAUAGGCUAUGGGAGUGAUAAUCUUGCCUCUCCCCCUCUGAGUUGAGGAACAAUCGAAGAAAUAAGCAAAGGUGCCAAGCAGGCUCCUGAUGGGCACCAGCGAGCUUGGGGACAGAGCAGUCCAAGCAUAGAAGCCCUGGCAAGCCUGGACCUUCCUGGAAAGUCCUUUCUCUCUCUUCCACCCUGGUCUGUUGCUCCAUAUGCAACAAAUAUUUGAAUGUCGCUCUUCCGCCCGAGGUCAGCCCUGGGCAGUGGGUAGUGGGGGUGACACCCCAGUCUGCUGGGUGCCUGAGGAUCUCCAUCAGUCAGAUAGCCAAGAUGAGACGGGAUGACAACCCGUACCUCAUGUAGGCUUUCCCCCUGCAGGUGUUUUUAUGCUGCGCAAGUCGGGCUUCCAGCCUCUCGGUUUCGGGGUUUUCUUCACCCUACUCCCCAAUGCGCCCGAACUCCCUGGGCACCUAGGACGUCCACCUGCAUCUUAGCCAGAGCUGCCACGUCAGGAGCCCGUGAUUUACUAGUUUUUGCCAGUUGGUUGUGACACACAAUGUCAAAAGUGUCAUUAAGGCACAACCGGAGGCGCAAGAUAAGAGAAAAAGACUCCACAGCUAACAGGACAUGCCACCACCGCCACCCAAUUUAAACUGCCGCAGGCUGACAAAUGAGAAGUCGCCGUGUUUGGACGGUCCCAACAUCCAAUCCCAAGGAAGCUUCAAGCCGAGUGGCCAAUCCACAUGUUGGACUACAGUACCCAGAAGUCAUUGCGGCACUACGAUAUAUUUUCGCGACUCAGUAGCCGGGCAGGCCCGCGGAAUAGCUUUGGGGGCGGUCGCGUGUGAGCAUGCGCAGAGAGACUGUGGGCGCGUGGUGCAAUCCCUGGAGGGUUCUCACGCUUUGGCUGUCUGGAAGUUUUUCCGCUUUUUCAGGAACGCGACCGGCAGCCUCGGGCAGGGGAGACAGGACUGUAGGUCAGAGAAGAGACGGCGCUUGGACGCCAGGAAUCCUCUGAAGCAGGAGACUGCCCUAUCCUGGUUACCCUUCCCGAGGGGAAACCAGGGUCUCCUUCAGAAAGCUGAGGCAGGCCGGGCGCGGUGGCUCACGCCUGUAAUCCCAGCACUUUGGAAGACCGAAGCGGGCGGAUCACCUGAGCAGAAGAUGACUCAAGACCGGCCUCUGCUUGCCGUGCAGGAGGCGCUGAAGAAGUGCUUCCCCGUGGUGGAGGAGCAGCAGGGCCUGUGGCAGAGUGCCCUGCGGGACUGCCAGCCCCUCCUGUCCUCCCUCAGCAACCUGGCGGAGCAGCUGCAGGCCGCACAGAACCUGCGGUUUGAGGAUGUGCCGGCGCUUCGGGCAUUCCCAGAUUUAAAAGAGCGGCUGAGGCGUAAGCAGCUGGCGGCUGGUGACAUCGUCCUGGACAAGCUAGGGGAAAGGCUAGCCAUCCUCCUCAAGGUGCGAGACAUGGUCAGCAGCCAUGUGGAGCGAGUGUUUCAGAUCUAUGAGCAACAUGCAGACACAGUUGGCAUUGAUGCUGUCCUGCAGCCUUCAGCAGUGAGCCCCUCUGUGGCUGACAUGUUGGAAUGGUUGCAGGAUAUUGAGAGACAUUAUCGAAAGUCGUACCUGAAGAGAAAGUAUCUUCUUUCCUCUAUCCAGUGGGGAGACUUGGCAAACAUACAAGCUUUGCCCAAGGCCUGGGACCGAAUUUCAAAAGACGAACACCAAGAUCUUGUACAAGAUAUCCUAUUGAAUGUUUCCUUCUUCCUGGAAGAGUAAGGAAGCUGUGCGUAUCUGGAGACCACGGGCACCACAGUUGAAGACUGACAUUCUGAACCCUGAUGUUUCUAAAGAAACGUCAGUAUUUCAGUCUGACAUAUUUGAAAUAUCAGUGCCUUGAACCUGAGGACUGGGUCUUGGGGAGGAUUAGCGCCUAGAUGUCUGAUUUUGGAGCUGCAGCAUGCCAGGCCGUGGCUGAGAGUAUGUGAGCCAUGCCUUGCCCUUUUCUGAGGCUCAGGGAAGUGGAUGGAGCCAGAGAGACAACAGGAAAGACGGUGCUGAAGAACAUAGUGUCUUUCCUCUAUUGUGGACCUGAAGAGGUGGGGAAGCAAGGACAAGAGACAAAGAGCCACACUGCCCUUGGCAUCAUCCAAAGUAUUGUCUGGUUGACACCAGGUCCUGGUUUUGUGUCUUUUGUCAAUACCUGAAUCCUUGACAAAAGAAAAAGUGGUUUUGAUGAUUUAAAGAAAUAAGGGUGAUUUUGACAGAAAAUAUAUUUUAAAAAUUUUGACCAAUUGCAAUAGUUAUCCUCAAGCCAAUUUCCAGAACCUGCCACCAGGGGGAGGUGGUGCAGCAUGAAUCAUUCUGAAUGCUUUGUCUUUGAAGUGUUCCCCUAUUGCUGUUACCAUCUCAGAGGAAGUAACUGGGCAUGGUGACACUCCUAAAAUGACAGGAGUUUUUUUGGCCAAAGCUGGCAUCUGACUUGCCACAUUCCUCUGAGUCUGGAGUAGCCGCAGGGGUGGGAGAAUGCCAGCCCAGAGUCAGUCCAUCGGGGUUACAUUUCCAAGGCCUGCUGCCUUCAUCUAUGUAAUGGCCGUGUUACUUUCAGAUCUUUCAGCUUCCCAGGGUGUUGUGGGAAUCUUGGUCAUUGAAUGUAAAGGGACUUAGUAAAGGGUAUAGAUAUUUUUCAAAAAUGAAAAUAACUUUUUUUCUUAUAAGUGAUAAGCUUUUAUAAAGAUCAUAGGAAAACUAGAAAAAAUGUAAAAUGUAGAAAAUUGUAAAACAAACUUCAUUAGAGAUACUUUGAUAGGUACCUUUUCAGUGUCUAUUUACAAAUUUUUUCUUUUAAUAUAGAUAGGGUCUCACUAUAUUGCCCAGCUCACUCCUGAGCUCAAGGGAUCCUCCCACCUCAGCCUCCCAAAAUAUUGGGAAUACAGGCAUGAGCCACUGCUCCUGACCAAUUCACAAAUUUUUUUAAAGAACAAACGUGGUAUCAUCGAUACAUACUGUUAGGUUGUCUUUUUUUAAAAAACCUAAUGUAAUUUGUUCAUCUUUUUAUAUCUGUAAAUAUAGCUCAACACAGUUAUAUUCUUUUUGUGAAUGUAUUAUAUCUACAAUUUACCUUUUUUCUUAGAUUUUACAUGCAUUUUCCCAAAUCUUUGUGUUUGCCUAUCUGUAAAGGUAAUACAUUCUGAUUACAAAAAAUGAAAAUGUUACAUAGAAAUGUACCAUUAUCCAUCUACCAGAUAACUAUUAUUAAUAAUGUGUAUUUAUUUUUCCAGGAAUUAAAAAACAUCUAUCAUAUAAGUAUUGCAAAUAAAACUUAAAAAGCA